AUGCUUCGUGAGAUGUCACCAAACGGUAACUUUAUAUUCAUCGGACACGGCGCCGGUAAAUGCGGUGACUUUGUGACACAAUUACCGUAG